ACUCAUCACACAUCACUUAGUACUAGAACUGUCAGUACGAGAAUGAGAGAAGAACAUUUAAUACAGACAAUAUUCACAUAGGAAACAAAGGGGACGAUGGCAGAAGACGUUUUAGAGCCUGAAUAUGAUGGUAUAAUUAGGAAUACGCUUAUUGAGGACCUCAAUAAGAUUUUAUAUACCUACUCCAAUGACGGACAAAUUCUAAAGGAGUUGAUUCAAAACGCAGAGGAUGCGGGUGCUAAUAAAAUUGCCAUACUUUACGAUGAGAGAAAUUCAAAUCUGAACGCCAAAGGUAGUAAACAAGAGUCACAAUAUUCCAAGUACUUUGAGGGCCCAGCAUUAAUUGUUUAUAAUAAUGAAGAAUUUUCUGAAGCUGACUGGAAAGGGAUUCGUCGAAUCGGUACAAGUAUUAAAAAACUUGAUCCAUCAAAAGUAGGACGAUUUGGAUUGGGUUUUAAGUCGGUAUUCCAUAUCACUGAUUACCCUAUGAUUAUGAGUGGACGUCUUUUGAUGAUUCUUGAUCCAUAUCGAGAUGAAACUAGGUGCUGUAUAACCCUUGAAUUGUCAAAACUUAAGUUAUACAGUGGUAUGAAUGAGUGCUAUGACGCCUUAUUUCAAGUAUUUGAUUUUGGACAGAAUGUGUUAGAUGCUGGAUAUUACAAAGGAACGAUGUUUAGAUUUCCUCUGCGUAAAGAAGCAACAGAACUGUCAGAUUCUGUUUACAACACAGAAAAGAUCAACAAUCUACUAAGGGUGUUAAAAAAAGAAGCUUCCCUAACACUACUUUUCCUGAAGUCUCUGGAAGAAGUAUCCCUGUAUGAAUGUAUGGACUCCCUAGAUGAACAAAAUCCUGAUUACAUGGUAGCAAUCGGUGGUUGUACAAGCGAAAUUGCAAAACAAUCUAGGAACACAAUGCAAUACAAAACCAUUCCAGAUGAGCCUUUUGUCAAUGUGUACGAAUUGGUAUUGGUAACGACUUGCAAAAGACAACUAGAAGAUCAGAAAUGGUUAGUAAUAAAUCGGUUAGAAGGAAUAUCCGACGCUUCUGAAGACCUGUUGAAACUAGCUACAAAGCUUUCUUACCUGCCUUGUGUAGGAAUUGCAGUACCUGUGUUAUCAAGUGACACGUUUACGGGACAUAUUUUCUGUUUUUUACCUUUGCCGAUGCAAGCUGUUAGUAUGACUAAACUACCUGUACAUAUCAACGGUACGUUUGCACUCAGCGAGGAUCGCAAACAAUUGAAAUGGGCAGACAAAUUUUCAGAAAGUAACAAAGAGGAUUCAGUACAGUGGAAUGAAUUGAUGGUGUCUACCGUUCUCCCAAAGGUUUACAUUGAUUUGAUUAUGGAAAUUCGAAAACGGAAUGAUGAACAUUUGAUGUUUAGAUGUAUUCCUGAUCCGUUGGAAAUUGACAUUAGAUUUGAAGAAUGUAUCAGCAAGCUGUUUAGAAAUUUAAAAGAUGCACCAUUUCUAUAUUCUAAAAGCGGCGGAGGAAGAUGGAUUCGUCUGCAAGAUGCAGUUUUUCAAAUUUUCGCAGAAAAUACAGAUGAGGACAUCAGAGAAACACUUAUAUACACCAUGAGACAAUACAACAGUUGUUUGGUAGAUACGAAAGGAUAUGAACGAAUGUAUGGUAUUCUCACCAAGGCCUUUGGUCAGCAACCACAAGACGCAUCACCGCAGUUCAUUUCUGAGAGGCUUUUGAAGAUAGAACCUGCAUACAAGACUUUCGAAGAGAAGCACAAAUUGAAUCUGUUGGUCUAUUUGAUUUCCAGUAGAGAAGAUGACCUACUUAAAUCACUAGAACUUCUACCAUUAGCAAACGGAGCAUUCAUCAAGUUUGCAACGAAUACAGAUUCAAAUAUUUUUGUUUGUUCCUCCAUUGUUAGGCAGCUAUGUCCUGGUAUAGAAGAUAGAUUAGUACGAACAGUUUCUGAUCAAGUCGAUGAAUUGAUUCUCAGACUAGCAAGAUCAGGAAGGACCCAAUUGAUAGAACCGAGUGAAAUUGAUGUCCUUCAGCUUAUAUCAAAAUCAAUAGAAAAGAUACAAGGACAAAGUCAGGACAAUAGGACGUUAAGAUGGCAGAAACAAUGGCAAUUAAAUGAAAAAUGGUUGAUGUCUGUUUGGGAAUAUUUAAGGCGGGAAGGGGUUCAUCUUCCACAUGACCUAUUUAUUUUACCCCAUUAUGACAAACAACUUGAAUCCUACUAUCUUCUUAGACUAAGCCAACCCCUGAUUGUUGAGUCAGAUGAUCGAUACGCUCUACCGGCAUCAGUUGUGAGAUGUUUGAAAAAAAUUGGAGUCACUGUUUUGAAUCCUCUUCCAUAUUAUAUCAACUGUUGUCAAGAAAUAUACGACAAGUAUGUAGAGAGACCAACGGUUAAUGGAGUAUUGAAACUUGUAGCAGAGGUCUGCCAGAAACAUGUGAGAAACUUCAACGACAACGUCCAAAGUUCAGACAAGGAAGAAUUUGUUAAUUUUAUAGGUUCCAACUACUCUUUGAACAGUGCUAAAAAUGUUUUAAAAAAGUUGAAAAUGUUUAACUGCAAUAUACCUGACUGUUAUGUUUCAAUUGAAGAUGUUUCGGAUAUCGCACCCGACGAUUUGCUGCCCGUGCCUUUACCAAACAAAUUGAUCAAACCCAAGACUAGCAUAGAGAAAAGUUUAGCAAUACACUUAGGUGCAAGGUAUUUAAGUUUGACAGAAGUUGUAGAAACAAUCCUUCACACAUAUAUUGGUAGAUCAUCCAACCACAAUGAUACUGAUAAGCAAAUAAUGAUGAAAUACGUUAUUGAAAAUAUGUCUUUAUUCCUACACAAUACUGAAAUAAAGAGUUUAGUCAGACAGGUUGAAUUUGUUAGAUCUGAAAACGGUGACAUAAGAAAACCAAAUGAACUGUUUGAUCCAACAGAUCACCAUCUUGUUCAAAUGUUCAACGACAAAAGAAAAUUUCCACAAAAUCAAGAAAUAACGUAUUUAAAUAUUCUAAAAACGUUUGGACUAAAGUCAUCCGCAAAUUUAAAUGCAACAGACAUCAACGAUGUUGCCAUGAGUAUCCACAGAAAAGCAUCAUUAGCACAAACACAAAAGACUAACAUUGCUGAAGAACAGGCAAAUGGACUCCUUAACAUAUUAAUGAAGAAUGAACAUCUUUUGGAAUCGUUUUACAACAAUAUAAAAUUAAAGGAUAUACUUGCUAACUUGAAAAUUAUUCGUCCAUUGAGAAAACCCAAAUCUUAUCCAGAAGUAUUGCAAUGGUUUGAUUGUCCAGAUGCUUUUUGUAAACCAAAUGAAAUGGUGGAUAAUGCUGAAAAUCUUGUCGGGUCGACAAUGCCACUUUUUCCAGAUUUGCCUAUCAAUUUCAUUCAGAAACUUAAUCCAAGCUGUCAAAUUAUACCUAUUGCUAAAGUAUUUGAACAGUUACUUCUCCUGGACAAGUCUUACAGUGAAAUGUACAAACCAGAAUUUCAUCAUUUCGUGAAACAAAUAUAUAGUUUUCUAAAUGAAGCUACAGUAGACAAGGCACUGAUUGGUUCGAUGAAGAACAGAUCCGUUGUAUGGACGGGAGAUGGGUUUUGUCAACCCCAGAAAAUUUAUUUAAAUAGUAGCAAUGAUGAUAUCCAUCUUGAACCGUACCUUUACCAGUUACCUGGGGAAUUUAUUUAUAUGAAAGACUUCUUUCAGCGACUUGGUUGCAAGAUUUGUCAGUCCCCUGAGGUUCUUGUAGAUGUCCAAGAGCAGAUCAAACAACAUCAUAUUCAGAUUCGAACAGAAAUGGAGUUUAGGAGGGAUUUACGUCACAAUAUAAACAUCCUUAGUUUCUUCAAGAGCCAUUGUCAUUGUGCAAUUGACUACAAUGUAUUAAUUCCUGUCGAAACUGAGGUCGAACAUCAGUUAGUGCUUAAACACAUCGAUAAAUGUGCUUACCGUAGUAGCCAUUGGUCCGAAGACGUUAAAAUUAUUGACGAAGAGGAACCUUUCGCCGUACAUCCGGAUAUAAGUUUUGCAGCAAGCAUUGGGAUAAAAUCAAUGGAAGAACACUAUUUAUCGGAUACUGGAGUACUUAAUUGGGAACAAGAAGUGUCUCUAGUCAGCAGAAUUAAAUCUCUGCUGAAAGGUUAUAGAGAUGGCCUAUCUGUUCCAAAGGAAUUGAUUCAGAAUGCAGACGAUGCAGGUGCAACAAAAGUAUGUUUCCUAUAUGAUGAACGAGAAAACUUGGACUGCAGAACUAAUCUUCUAAAUAAAGAGAUGGGUGAAUGUCAAGGCCCGGCUCUUUGGAUAUACAACAAUGCUCAGUUCUCUGAAACAGAUUUAAGGAAUAUAACGAAAGUAGAGGAAGAAACCAAAGAUCUUUCUAAAAUUGGUAAAUUUGGAGUUGGAUUUUGUUCCGUUUACAAUCUGACAGAUGUGCCAAGUUUUGUAUCUGGGAACACAAUGGUGUUCUUUGAUCCACAGGGAUCAUAUCUAAUGAAAAAUAAAACAAAAGGGAUGAGAAUUGAUAUGAAAUCACAGAAAAAUCAAAGGAUGCUUCACAGAUGGAGUGAUCAGUUCAAGCCAUUUAAAAACAUAUUCGGUUGUGACCUCAGCACUGACGGUGGUAGGAUUCCUCAUUUCGAUGGAACACUCUUUAGACUACCUCUCAGAACACGCCAACAGUCUAGCAGUGAAUUAAGCAGUAUAGUUUAUAGUCACGAUGAAAUGAGAGAAUUGUUGGAUAUUUUUAUAGAAAGUGCUGGAAACCUUCUAUUGUUUACUCAAAAUGUGAGCGAAAUUGAAAUUUUUCAUCUUUCUGAAAUCGAUACUAGAAGAAAAAAACUUAUCUUUAAAGUUUCUAGGAAUUUAAAAUGGCAUUUCCCGCUUACGUAUAAAGAAAACGAAGACGAUGAGAAAGAACAUAACAAAGUUCCAGUCUUGAAGAAUUGUUCACCAAAAAAUGAUAAUGCAUCGGUCAAGAAUGCUAGUUUUGGAACUUAUCAAUACAGUGCUGAAGUUGAAAUGAAAUUUAGAGAAACCGGAAAACAAUUUCAUGGACAGACUGGAAAGUCAACUAAAUCAAAUUGGAUGGUUUCAUGGGCUUCAGGAACAAAUGAAUGUUUAAAACAAUCAAUGCAGGGCAUUGGAGCUCAUAUGUUACCUAUAGCAGCUACUGCUGUAAUGAUAGAGGACAAGAACGGUCAAAGAAUUGCUAUUCCGUUGUCGGAUGCUCCGUAUGGAUUUUACAAAUCUAGUCAUUUGUUUUGUGUGCUUCCACUACCAAUAAAGACUCCUUUUAAUUUUCACAUAAGUGGAUCAUUUGCCGUUACACAAGAUAGGAAUCAACUCUCUAUUGAAACGAGUGAUGCCAAGAAACGUUGUGAAUUUAACUGGAACCAAGCUGUUAUGGAGGAUGCUGUUGUAAAAUCUCUGUUUUCUCUUUUGCAAGGUUUGAAAGAGAAUAAUAUAAAGCCAGGAACAGACCUGCAUCUGCUGUGGCCAGUUUUCAAUUCGCAUGUCGAAGGCUUAGAUAUUUAUAAAGCAACAAAAGAUGGAUUUAUCGCUGAAUUGUUGACGUCUAACCAAGAGGUAAUAUUUCAGUCUGACCUAGAUUGUUGGACAGAAUUUAGCUCCUGCAGAAUGCUUGAUCCACAAUUAUUAAACUCUGAUGUUGGAAAUGUUGCUUAUAAACAUGCUUUACAGUAUCUAAAUAAUCAAGAGAUUAUUCUGAUACAGAUGCCGGAUUGGUUACUUGCCGACUUCAAGGUGACCUCUGGAGAUUCAAUAUAUGAUUACGUAAUCUCCACAGAAAUGUUUUAUGAGAAAGUGUUUUUCCCAUUGGUUAAUCAGGAAAUAAUUCCAGCUAUGGAUCGAAACAAAUUGUUAUUGUAUGCAGUGGACAAAAAUCAUGACAAAAUAAACCAAUUGCUUAUCAACCAUGUUUGCUUUCCAUCAACAAGAGGUAUUCUGAGAAAACCCUGCGAUAUUAUCUUACGACAGAGUCUUUUAAGCAAGUUGUAUAUUCCAGGGGAUGGAUAUUUUCUUGAAUUUAGUAUACAGCAGGAAUUAGAACGUUUUGAACUAUUCAAAAAAUUAGGAAUGCUUUAUGAGAGCCUGCCAGAUGAUCUUAUAAUCGAUCGAUGUGCUUCAGUUGAAAAUUUAUCCAAUAAAUGUGUUGACUGUGCUAUGCAAAGGUGCAAGGAUAUUUUUGAAUAUUUUGAAAGAUACCCUCCGGAAAUGAACACUGAAUUAGUAAAUGCGUUGACUAAGAUGAAAUUUGUACCAGUUAUGAUAAAACCGAAAGAUUGGCCUUUUGAAUGGAAAGUCGUAGCUGGUGCAGAGAAGAAUAAAUCCUGCGGAACAAAACAUAAACUGAAACACAUCUCAGAAAAGAUACGCUUACCGCAAUUCUUUACAAUGGAAUGUCCAGAAAAUUUGUAUUUCGAUGAUUGCAAAGAAUUAAUUUGUUGCACCAAGCUGGUUGCGUAUACAAGGGCUAUUUGCACGAAAAACAUAAACCAAGUCCUGCAAAGUUUAGGUCUUAAAGGGUAUGCGAAAACGGGCAUUCAUUUUGAUCAUGUUGUAGAUCAAAUACAAAUUCUUAUAUCACAAUGUGAUAAAGAAAAAAUAACAUGUCUACGUCCUGUUUUGGAAACUAUUUUGAAAUGGCUCGAUUUUCAUUGUAAAACGUUGGACGAUGAAAGCAAAGAGAAAACUAAAUCACUUUUAGAACCUCUUCAAAGCACUAAAUGUUUGCUGAUAAAUGAAGCAUUAUGGAGUCCAGAUCAAAUAGCCAUAAAUUUUGAAAGCACCUGUCUUCCUGAUCUGGUUGGAAUAAACCAGAAGGAUACAUACUUGAGCAGGUGUAAAACAUUGUUAUCUUUCCUGGACGUUAAAGAUAGAUAUUCAACACAUGAUAUUUCAAAAGUUCUAUUGCGUUUUACAGAGAAAUUUGAUAUCAAAGACCCCCUAGAUAAACAGCAGGUUAUUCAUUACUGUUCUCUUUUAAAUGCUCUUUGCACUGCUUUAAAAGAAGAAAAAACAGAUGAUGGAUUCUACAUGCCAUUGAAAGAUGGCAAAAUUCUUGUACCUGACGAUGAUAACUAUUUACAUCCGGUGCAUUUGUUAUGUCUUAAUGAUGAUUUUGAAAUAGAGAGAUCUGAAUCGAUGACAUUUGUAUGUAAACACAUAUCUCCUGCGGUAGCAACAAUAUUGGGAGUAAAGUCAAAAAAAAGAAAGAAAAUAUCAGAACACCAUAAUGUAAUGAAAUUUGGUCAAAAAGAAGACUUAACUACACGAAUACACAAAUUGUUGGAGGGAUAUCCUGCUGAUGAAGGAAUUUUUAAAGAGUUGUUACAGAACGCUGAUGAUGCAGGAGCAACAGAGAUUCACUUUGUCACUGACUACAAUUACUAUUCAUCUGCAAAAGUGUUUGAUGGAAACUUCAAAGAACUUCAAGGGCCAUCACUUCUUGUUUAUAAUAACAAGUCUUUCAGUGAAUAUGAUUUGGAAAGCAUCCAACUCCUAGGCAUUGGUGGUAAAAAUGAAAAUCCAACCCAAACAGGAAAGUAUGGAGUUGGUUUUAAUGCCGUGUAUCACCUGACAGAUGCGCCAAGUUUUAUAACCAAGGGAGAAAAGAUAGAUAAAGGUAACAGAACUCUUUGUAUUCUUGAUCCUUUAUGCAAAUAUGCUACUACUGCAGACAAGCAAAAUCCUGGAAGUAGAUACUUCAACUUAGAUGGUCUUCAGAGAACAGUCCCCGAUGUAUUUGUGCCAUAUCACGAAGAAGAUCUAAUGGGAGAUGAGGGUACAAUAUUUAGAUUUCCUCUGAGAACAGAAGCGUCAGAGAUAUGGGACAAACCUAUUGAUAUAAAACAUCUGACAACAUUGCUUGGAAAGUUUAAGAAUGAAUCUACUCGUUCUAUGUUCUUCUUGAAUCAUAUUCGCAAGGUCGUAUUUUCACGAAUUGAGAAUGGACAAAUGAUAUCUGAUUAUUCUGUAACAGUUAAAAUGUCUAUGGAAGACAUCAGACAAAAGCAAGCAUUUCACUUGAAACGGCUAAAGGUAGGCGAAAUGAUAAAAGAGAAACAAGAAAUUACAACGGAACCUAUAGUUCAAAUACAAACCAUAAUGAACAUCAGUGUUUUUGACAUAACACGUGAAACUGGAGAUGAAGAUGAAACUUGGUUUGUUGUGGAUAGAAUUGGAUUUAAUGACAGGACAAUUGAUAUAGAAGUAUCACACGCUUACUCGGUUGGUGAAUUAGGUCUGUUGCCUCAAGGGGGUGUAGCACUACCCCUUUCAAAAAUAGCACCAUUACAAUUCAGCGCCUUUUGUGUUUUACCUUUGCCUAUUUAUACUGGUCUUCCAAUGCAUGUCAACGGACAUUUUGCCUUGAAUCAUGAGUCACGGAGAAAUUUAUGGGAAGACAACAAAGAAAGUCUUAAGUCAAUUUGGAACCGAACUCUUAUGUCAUCAGUGAUAGCUCCAUCGUAUAUUGCAGCAAUUGAGAAGCGACGUGAUAUCUGUAAAGAAUGUACAAAAAAUGUCAGUGGUCAGUACCAUAUUCGAAAUCAGCUGGAGACAUACUUUAAAUAUUUUCCAUCCCUAGAAACAGCUGUCGACUCUAAUUGGAAAUUUCUCUGCAUUGAAAUAUACCACCAAGUUUUAGAAAAUAAUCCGUUGUUUCCAACGAUUUCAGAAGUCUUUAAAGAACCAAAUAUGUACAUGGCUUCAUUUAAGGGUAAAGUUGACUGGAUUUGUCUGAAGAAAAAUGAUUCCAACUUUCCAGCAGUAUUUUGUUUAGAUAACAAUCAAUCUAUGGAUCCAAAUUCAGUAGUAAGCAUCAUGAAAUUACUUAACCUUCAUGUUAUUGAUUUAUCAAGUGGUCUUUAUAAAGAAAUGAAGGCAUGUAAAAUCAACGUGGAAAGUGUCACGCCGGAUAUUAUAAUAGCUUUUCUUCUGUCUCAUUCAGAUGUGAAUUCUGAUGCAUGCAAGUUAGUAGGUUUAGGAAAGAGUAUACGUCGUACAACAUUUGAAACAAUUUGGAAUGUGGACAGGCUGCUUAGCUUUUGCAAGAAAAGUGACACUUUUGAUAAACAUUUAUCAGGACUGCCGUUAUGCAUUUCAAAUGAUGACAUACUGAUGGAAUAUUCUGAGGCGACACCUAUGUUUGUCAGUAGACACUGUAACAUAAUGUGUGGGUUAGAAGAAAAGUUUGUCAACAAAAAAAUAUGUCAUCUAAUGGAAGUUAUCAAAUCACCUUGUCUGAAAAAGUUUACUUUACAGGACUUCAAGAUACUGAUUAAAAAUGUUCUUAACCCAAGCAUUUACAGAGAAUCAUCUACAUCAUUGAAUUGGAAUCCAGAUCAAGAAAAUAUUCCAAAUCGAGACUGGCUUAGAAAUGUAUGGAGCUUUUUUGCAGACGUCUCUAAGAUGGAAAAUUCUGAAAAAGAGGACGAAGAUUAUAACAUUUCACAUUGUUUGUCAGACUGGUCCUUACUUCCAGUACGAAUAGGUCAACACCAGAAACUUCAAAGUAUUGGUAUGUCUAAAAAAACAUUAAACAUGGAAUCCUUUAAAACAAACAUUCCUCUGUAUGAAGCUUUACAAAAGAUAGAAAUGCCUGAACUAGACACUGAAAUAUUUUGGAAAUAUUAUGCAAACCCAAAAGAACCAGAAUUCUGUGAGGCUGCAAACAAUGUUGCAGAGGAAUUAUUAGUAUCUUAUAGUAAUUCAAAAGAUGUUUUUGAAUGUUUCGUGUACCACCUUAGACGUUACAAGACGAACAUAUCUGAAGACGAUUGUUCAGCAUAUUUAGAGUAUUUUAAUGAUAAUUAUGAUACCUUGGAGAGAAUGUACACCUCUAGCGAAAUCAAGAAAAGUGUAAGGAGUAUCCCACUUUUUAUUACAUUAGGUGGGUACAACACAGUGAUAGAAAAUAUUCGCACUUCGGUCCUUCUUUUACAUGUUUUACCAACCAACAUUCCCGAUGUUGGAAUAAACGAAUGGGCAAACGCAUCAGGUAUAGUGCUACUGAAGGAAAUCAAAAGGAUACAACAUCUCCAUAUGAAACUUGGAUUUAUUUCUUGCAACCAAUAUGAACUGUAUUCAAAAUUCAUCAUUCCAAACUUUCAAAGCAUGCCACAGUCGGCACAACCGAAACAUCUAGAGUACAUAAGGGAUAAUCUUCUGUUUAAAGGAAUAGAUGGCGAAUUUAGAUCUAUACAAACACAUUUAAUAGAAGAAUUAUCAAAAUGUCCUUUCUUGUUAAAAAACAAUGUGUCACGUCGUGCUGUAGAUUUUUGCAAUCCCCAUAAUGACUUAUUCAGUGUCAUGUGCACAGAAGACAAAUUUCCCCCAUAUCCAUAUAAUGGUAAAGAGUGGGAACAGUUCAUGGAACUCAUUGGAAUGAAAUUAACAGCUACCCCGGAAAUGGUCGUGCAGUUUGCAAAAGAAAUUGCAGAAAAAGGACUGAAUUUAUUGUCAGGAGAAACGAGUGAAAAAUCGAAGUUGCUAGUUAAUCAUCUGUUUAAUCGCGAAAAACUUCUUGACGAAUUAAAGUGCACUCCUCUCCGUGAUGUUAAGCAUGUAAGAUUUAUCGAACCCUUUCAGUUGGACCUCACUGAUCAAUUGUCACGGAUCCACAAACAGUAUCAAAACCGAGUACUGGUAUCUUUUGAGGACUGUACAUUGUAUGAAGACGAUAUUUUGCCACUUGUUUGGACGUCAGCAUAUGUGUUACCCGACUAUGUUUCUUGUAAAUCUGAGAAGACGAAAGAAGCUUUAACCCUUUUAGGAGUAGACGUCUUGCCAAACAUUGGAGUCGUUGUACAAAACUUAAAAAACGUUGCAGUAUCUAUUCAAGACAAAUGUUCUAAUGACUCAGAAUUUGUAACAGAAGAUAGAGCACUAUUUCUUAAAGAUCUUUUUGUCAAGCACUAUAUAUGUUUGCAAAAAAGUGACAUCACAAACACGUGUUUAUUAGAAUUGAAAACAACGCCUAUAGUUUUCUUUAACGAUGAAAAAGUUUGUCUUUCGUGCGAACAAGUUGUUUUACUUCUACAAGAUUAUGAAAUUAUCCAGCCAUACCUUAUGCGCAUUCCAACAGAUUACAUGUAUUGCGCAAAUCUUUUCCGAAAACUUGGUGCUCUAGAGACAACAUCAUCAUUUCAUUUCGCCGACGUUUUACUGUGCCUUCAUCGUGACAGUCUAGAUGGAAACAGCCAACCUAGUAUUCUUGGACCAAAUGAGAAAAAAAAUAUUCUUGUCCCUGCUGUUCGAAACCUGUUUUCAAAAAUUUCAUCUGAAUAUCCCGUCUGUUUAAACUGCACUGAACUGUUUUUACCGAAUCGCCAGUUCAUUUUGCAUUCGUCAAAAUCGUUAAUAGUAGCGGACAAUAAAAAAAUUGAAAAUAGAUCAAAACAAUUUCACGAUGAAAGGUUUUUUGCUGGAUUUGAAAAACUUGACUUGCAGUUUCAAUUUUCAGCAAACACAUUGAAAAUGUUGCCAGAGGAGCUAAAACCAAAGUUUUUGUCUGAAAUACUGAAUGAAAAACUUUUGAUUGCCAUUGAAUGCCAAUCCGGAGAUAAAAUACAAAUGUUGUCACAGUUUGUAAAAACAGAUGAAUUUAUAGAAGGACUACUGCGUUUAGUACUCGAUGAAAAACUAAAAAUUAACUCACAUUUAGGAAUGGACUUUAGGGCUUGCAAUAUAGAUGAAGAGGAGCAAUGUAGGAUUGUAAACCAAAUUGCAAGUUUGAAAUUUCAACAAGUAUCAGAUUUAGAAACUGCACUUUUUUUUGAUGGGCGACAAGUUGAAGAAAGUACUGAAAGGAAGAAAGCUUUUGUAAAGUCAGUAAUGAUUGGUGACACCAAGUCUCUAAUAAUGUACUGUGUUGACAAUGUAAGCGAUUUACAGGAAUGGUUGAGUGAUAUACAGUUUUCUUUUGUAAAACUUCUUGAAAAGAUAACAAGAAGAGGAUUGCGUGUAAACCAGGUCUUUAUUCAUCUCCUUCUUCAUAGCAUUUCUAAUCCAGCCUUAUUAAGUGACAAGCUUGACAGUGAAAAUAUUGUACACUUAAAUUAUGCCAAUGUCUCUUCUGAAAUAUAUCCAGAUCCUGGCACAUUUGUUCCACCUUCAUUACAUUACCUACUUGACAAUUCAUUCUCUGACUUUGAAGUGAACGAUUAUGUGGCAAUGCUCCUUUAUGAAGAAGAGGAAAAUGAGCCCGGACAGUUUGAAGAUGCAAAUUACAUGUAUGCAAAAGUUCUACGAUCCAUUCAUAAUUCUCAAAAUCAUUCAAAAAGUUGUGAUUUUGCACAAUUUGAGGAGAUAUAUUUAUUAGACGUUGGUGAAACAGAAGCAGUAGAGGUGCCAGCGUAUAAAAUUUUCAAAUUUCAUAGAAGGAGACAUUUGAAAUCUAAAGAUAUUGUACCAACAGACAAUGACGCCGCUAGUUCUGCCAACAUGCAAUCAGUCGAUGAUACAAUAAAAGAAGUGAAGAAACAAUUUAUGACAUAUUUAAAAAUAACCGAUGAAACAAAACGCAGACUGUUAAUAAAAAGAUUGCGGGUUACAUGGCAUCCAGAUCAAAACUUUGGAAAUGAAGAUUAUGCUACUAAAGUUUUUCAGUUUAUUGAAAAUCUCAUACGUGAUCUAAAGGAUGGUAAAUUGAUUGACGACGAAUUCAACGAGCAAUCUAGAUAUCGGGGUGAAGAUUUACCAAAAUCACCUUAUUUUGCACAGUCCCCUAAAUAUUAUCAAGACAAUACUCGAUCACACAAUACUUUUGCUCAUGGAGAAAAUAGGGAGAAAGUGUCAAUACCAAGAAAUGCUCGCAAAUGGUUAAGACAGGCUACUUGUGACAGAGAUGCAGCUAAGGCGUUUAUUCCACACGCUAGACCUAUGCAAUCAUUUAACUGGAUUUGCUACCAUUGUCAUCAGUCAGCAGAAAAGGCGUUGAAGGCAAUGUGGUACUAUAUGGACGCUAACAAUGUAUCGCAUAGUCACGCACUGUCUGCAAUUGCCAACGGUUUGCCACAGGAACUACGUGAUCUUGCAAGCGAUAUGGGUGAUAUAGUUGGUUAUCACACCCGAAUGAGAUAUCCUGAUCAGAUCAGCGGUGAUGAUAUUCCAUCAACAAUUUACAGUCAACAAGAUGCUGACCAAUGUCUCAGAAUAGCAAGUGACAUUAUUUCGUUCGUAUCAAAAAUGGUCAAGUAAAAUAUGGGGAAAGUGCUGAACAAACGUUUUGAAUUUUAAAUGCACUCAUAUAUUAUAUUAAGAAAGAAAACAAAAACAAUAAUGAGAAGGUAUCACAUGUAGUGUAUUACAAAAACCACAUAUUAUAGUAGUAUGUUUGCAUUAUUUAUUGUAUUUUUUUAAUAAUGAAACUCAUUUUUUUUUAUUUUGCAUUAAUACAUUACGAUGUACUGGAAAAACAGUAUCACAAAGUAUAUAUAACGGUUGUAUAAGAAAGCUUAGAAUUAUAACAUUAUUUAUCAAACAAAUACACUUUUUAAUACAUAUAUCAACAUGUUUAUUUCUAUUUUUUUUCGAGCUUGCGAUGCAAAGUAUAUUCUACAAGAGAUAAUAUUCACCAAUAUUCAUGAAAUAAAUCUUUUAUCAUGUCUAUCGUAUAGCAAAGCUAAAAAAACGGUUAACAACAUAAUAUGUCAUUUAUGACGUCACUGAUAUUAAGCUUUAUUUGCAUUAAUGCAAUUUAAAAGGGAGAUAACUGUAUUGUAUUUUGAGCUCCGAUGGCUUCAAUUGGUGAUUUGAUGGUCACUAAUUAAGUUUACUAGCGACGCUUAGUGGAGCCAGUAAAGGUGUAUGUGCGACCAUCAAAUCACCAAUUGAUGCUAUCGGAGCUUAAAAUGCAAUAUUGUUAUCUCAUUCUAAUUAAACUGACAGAAAACAACGUCAAAUCAUACAUUUAUAAUCUGUCAUACGUCGUCUGUGCUUGCAUGUACGUUUUCAAAGCAUCAAUUGUGUGAAUUGAUGCCAUGAAAUUUUGAGACGUUAUUCAAUCAAAAUGAAAGUUACAAACUAUGGUGCAUUAGAAUAUUGCAUACGACCUUUUGGUUACGUUAUGUAUGAAAUAUGAUGCUCAUAUACAAUAGUUAGAUUUAUAACCUAAAAGGUAUGUGCAUAUCAUACAUGGUAUGACUCUAAUAUUCAACAUAUAUAAUAUUAUACAAUACAAACUUUAACAUGUUUAAUGCAGUUGUCUUAUUUUUAUUGUGUUUUUGUAUAUAUUUUUUAAAUGCAUAUAACUCUAAUGAUUUGUUGAAAAGAAAAAACUAAUUAACUUUGAUUUUGUUAUUGUUUUUGAUUAACUACCAGCAGUGAAAUGUAUAAAGUUUAAUUUCAAUUGGUAAAGUAUUACCACGAUGAAUAUGAAAUUGACAAAGUCUGUUUUGAUCAGUGGAUUGCGUCGAGGUCAAAGAUCAUAUACCUUCAGAGAUUCACAGUUAUUCAUUAUUAUUUGUUAGUCCUGGUAUGGUGUCCUCGGUCUUGAAGUCCUAAAAAUAAUAACCAAAUAUAAGGUCAUGUUAACUUAAUGACCAUUUGAACUUAAUUUCAAUGUUUGCCCUUUUUUCAAAUGUUUGGCCAAUGACAUCAUAUCCUAAUUGUAACUAAGAUAUUAAAUAAACACUUUGAAGAAACUAGUAAGAUUAUACUUCAAAUAUUUUUAAAAUGCAAAAAUAGCUUAAUGGUUCAAAUAUUUUUUACAUGUAUGAUCAUUUUAGAAAAAAAAUGUCUUCCUUAUUGUGUGUUUAUCAGUUCAGCUUAUCAAUUCAGAAUAGAAAUGCACAAAUAUUUAAUAAAUAAAUAAUUUAUUAUAUAUUUUAAUUAUAUGUUUUUACUUACGUUUCAUCUAUUAUACGCCCGUUUAUGGGACGUAUUAUGGUAUAUCGUUGUCCGUCCGUCCAUCGUCAACAUUUCGGACAAUAACUCAAAAACGCUUUAACCAAUUUGAAUAAAACUUUGGUGAAUUGUUAAUAUCUAUUGACUUGAGCUCCCUUUCGAUUUUUAUAAAUUUUAUAUUUUACGUUUUUGAGUUAUGGGUUUUUAUUCAUUAUUCAUUAAAAAGGGGUAUUUUCCAGUUUUCGGACAAUAACUCAAAAAAGUGCUUUGAGCAGUUUUAAUCAUUUUUUGGUGAAAUGUUCAUAUCAGAUGACGUGAGUUCCGUUUUGAUUUUGAUAAAUUUUAAAUUAUACGUUGCCGAGUUAUUCAUUAAAAAAAGUUUGUUUUCCCCGUUUUCGGACAAAAACUAAAAAAUGCUUUGAGCGGUGUUCAUGAAACUUUUGUAAAUUGUUUAUAUCUAUUGGCGUGAGCUCCCUAUUGAUUUUUUAUCAAUUUUAGAUUUUACGUUUCCGAGUUAUAGGGUUUUAUUCAUUAAAAAAGACGAUUUCCAGUUUUCGGACAAUAACUCAAAAGUGCAUUGAGAAGUUCACAUUAAGCUUUAAUUUACUGACUAGUUUAUAUCUAUUAAAAUAACUAAAAUAAGUUUUUUUUUUAUAAAUUUCUGAAAAGGCAUUUAGUAGUUAUGGAACUUUAUUCUUUGAAAAAUUGACGGGCGUAUCAUGCGCUCAUGGCGCAGAUUUCAUUACAAUACCUGUAAGUAUUGUUGAUUUCAUAGUUUUAUAGUUUUUAUUAAAAGAAAAAUUAUUACAGUA